AUGAAAGACGAUUUAUUUUUCAACGUUGACCAUGGUUAUUUAGAAGGAUUAUGUCGCGGUUUUAAAAGUGGUAUAUUGAAAGCUCCAGAUUAUCAUAAUCUUAUACAAUGCGAAACACUUGAAGAUUUAAAAUUGCAUUUACAAAGUACAGAUUAUGGUAGUUUUUUGGCUAAUGAAGCGAGUCCAUUGACGGUGAAUGUUAUUGAUGAUCGCCUACGUGAUAAAUUAGUACAAGAAUUUCAACAUCUAAGAAACGCAUCAUAUGAGCCACUAUCAACUUUCUUGGAUUAUAUAACCUAUGGGUAUAUGAUUGAUAAUAUUGUAUUAUUAAUAACUGGUACUUUACAUCAACGUGCAAUUGGUGACCUUUUACCACGAUGUCAUCCGUUAGGCAGUUUUGAACAAUUAGGGGCUAUAACUAUUGCCGAUACACCAGCACAAUUGUACACCGCAGUUUUAGUCGAUACACCACUUGCACCCUAUUUUAUUGAUUGUAUCUCGGAACAUGAUCUAGAUGAAUCGAACGUUGAAAUUAUUCGAAGUACUUUGUACAAGGCUUACUUGGAGGAUUUUUAUGAUUUUUGUAAAACGUUAGGCGGUGUAACCGCUGAUGUAAUGUGUGAAAUUUUAGCGUUUGAAGCAGAUCGUCGUGCUUUUAUGAUAACAAUCAAUUCAUUUGGUACGGCUUUAACUCAAGAUGAACGAGCUAAAUUAUACCCAUCAUGUGGUCAUUUAUAUCCCGAUGGACUUGCUGAAUUACGUAAAGCAGAUAGUUACGAUGCGGUUAAAGACGUAGCAUCACGCUAUUCGGACUACAAAUUGUUGUUCGAUGGUGCUGGAAUGAAUACGGGAGAAAAGACAAUUGAAGAUAAAUUUUUUGAACAUGAAGUUAAACUCAAUAUGAACGCAUUUCUUCGACAAUUUCAUUUUGGUAUAUUUUAUUCAUAUUUAAAAUUGAAAGAACAAGAGAAUCGUAAUAUUAUUUGGAUUGCUGAAUGUAUUGCACAACGACAUCGAUCACGAUAUAAUACAAUAACAUAA